GAUCCACCAGAAAACAUAACAUUAUUACCUGCAGGUAACAAGUUCUUUGCAAAUGAAUUUAGUAACUUCAACUAUGUGACAUGCUUGGCUGAUUGUGUACCAAGUUGCACAUACCAGUGGACUGGCCCAACAAGUUCGUCAACAAACCAGUUACAGAUAAAUAGCAUAAGAAGAACAGCGGCUGGAUCUUACAAAUGUACUGUACGAAACGAAAUUGGUACUGAUUUCUCGUCAAAUAUCAAUGUUAUAGUUUAUACUAGACCGACACAAGUAAACAAAAUGACAGUUGUGUGUACGGGUUCGACGACAGCGUCAAUUGCUUGGAUUCCAGAUAAGACAGUAGUUCCUGGUGAAAAUUUUACAGUGAAAUACAAAACAAACACCGGACAAAUACAACUAUUCCCUUUUGAAGAACCGUCAACUAAGGAUGACAUAUAUUUGCUACAAGUAGACAGUCUCGCCCCAUCUACAAAGUAUACAUUUACAUUGGAAUCCAAAAAUGGUUUAGGACGAGCUGAAUCGAAUGAGUACACAUGCACAACUAUGGCUGCAUCAGAGGAGUCUGGAGUUAGUGGUGCUCUAAUAGGAGGAGUUGUAUUGAUAUCAAUUGCGCUACUGCUAAUCAUAAUAGUCAUUGCGUUGAUUUUACUACGCAAGUUUAGAAUACUCACAACUGAUCUUCCUAGUCCCCCCUGUGGAUGUCCAAAUUGUAUAACGACGUGCAUCCAAAGAAUUGCAAGGUUAUCAAAGAAAGAUGAAGGUCCAUAUAUGAAUACAGUACACACAAACUAUGUAAACACUACCAUCAAUGGACCACAAGAGGGCGAUGUCAAUACAGAAGUCACAAAUGAUGACAAUGGAAGCGAUAAGCCUUAUGAUGAUCUUGUAAGAAGAACUUCGAACUCCUCGGAAAAACCAUACGAUAACUUACACAUGUCUCCAACAGGUACACAAAAUGAUUCAUCGUCACAUUAUGCUAAUUAUGAAAAUGUGAAAAAAAUGAAGAAGAAAAACGAAAAAGUUGCACUGAAACCUCCUCCAGUGAAACAGAAGCCAAAAAAGAAAUUAAAACAGUUAACCUAAACUAACGUUUUAUAUUAGUAUACAGUGCAAUACUAUUGAUGUUUAUGUUGAAAGCCAAGGAAAAGUAUGGAAAAAGUUCCCAAUUGAACUUUGAUGAAAUGAAUUAAGAAAUUAACGAGAAACUAAUGUGCUAACUUUUUCAGGCAAUGUUGAUAUUAAAUAUAGUGUGCAACUAUUUUACGGUUCCUUUUGGUAAAAUCGACCCAUAUUGUAUCUCGUUUUUUCACAACCCCAGCUUUCAAAUUUAAUUGAUUUGCAUGUUAUUCAAGCGCUUUGGAAACAUGAUUUUAUAUUAAUUACUUUUUGGUGUUUAAAUCCAAUCCUACACAAUCUUGAUUUGUUGCAUUUAGUUUCAGCAAUGAAACCAUCAAGUUUGAGAAAUCACAGAUAUAUAACUUUUCGACGUUUGUAUCAAACUUUGAUAAAAUAGUCUCAAAGAAAAAUAACAAAGAGAAAAGAUAAAUAAUUUUAUAUCCGCAUUGAUAGAUUAGUGAUAGUACUCAUUUUAGGUCAGAAAAAUAAUGAUAUUGUUUUUUUAAUUGAUUUGAUAAAAAUAAAAAAUGAAGUCUUAUAUCUCACUCCCAACAAAAGCUCUGCAUAAGGUUCAUUUGAGUUAAUCUGUGUAUUUAAUAUUGCAUAAAUGAUCGAUAUAAAAACUAUUUUUGUAAGUUUUAAUUAAGUGUAAUCAACAGCCUUACAAUCAAAGACAUAUUAAUUUGAGAGAAUUUAUAGCAAAAUGUAUUUUAUGCUAUUUCUAGUAUCUAUAUAUGGAUGGGAUGAUAUCAAAAUUAUAGACAUUGCGUGUAGCCUAUACCCGUUUCCUUACAUAUAAAUAUUGAAGGUCGAAAAGAAAUUAUGUUUGACCACGUUGACAUUGUUGACAUACUAACAGUAUGUUCAUUAGAUCAAGUUUAAAUAUUCUAUAUGAUCGUUUAAAAACUAUGUAACGUGUUUUAAGUCAAAGGGUAAAAAUGAUUACACAACGGUUACCAUAUCUUACUGUAUAUACACGUUAUAUGUCCAUUGCAAGCAUUAACAUAUUACAUGAAUAAAUAGAAUUAUUUGUGAACUAAGGAUCAGGUUCAACUCGAUUUGGUAUAUUAUAUUCCACGUUUCAUAAGGGGAAUAAAAAAGGACAUCUGUACAUCCAAAAAGCAAAUGUUGUUCAACCAGGCCCUUUAUUAAGGCGUUUUAUACUAUCAAUUAUUUCUUGUUAGUUAAUUACCACCUGAGACAAGUCAUCUUUUUUAUUGUACAUACUCAUAAUUCCUUAGAAGUAAGUAAACAGUUGAAUUUAAGAACUGAAAAAAAGCAUGUACAUAGCAGUUUAAAUGCUUGUCUACUUGAUAUUAUUGUUACAAUUUUUUUUUUCAUUAAAAAAUUAUGAAAAAUUA